UUCUCAUCGUUCCUCUUCUCCUCGCCCUCGCGAAGGGUUGCUGGGUUCGUCGGUCGUCUCUCUUCGAGCUCGUUUCCCUGUUCGAGCGCUCUCUCGCUCUCUCUGUCCAAGCUCACUUCCAUGUUCGAGCGCUCUCUCACUCUCUCUCUCUGUCCAAGCUCACUUCCCUUCUCCGUCGCCGUCACUUCCUUCCUCCAUCGCCAUCGGCUUCAGCUGUGGCAGGCCUGUUUGUGGUGAGACUGAACUAUGCUUACAGUUCCCACUGGAAACCUCACACUUCUCGGCAAUAGUAACUUUCUUUGCCAUAUAAAUAGAGGCAUCAAAAGGCAAAUAGGUGCCAUACGAACCUUAUGUUUGAAAGCAGAAGAGCCUGAAAUGAAAAACCUACUGGAUUACAUUGAUUCGCUUAAAAACUAUGAGAAAUCAGGGGUUCCCAAAGGAGCAGGCACUGAUUCGCGUGAUGGGUUUGAUCUUGGAAGAAUGAGACGCCUCCUUGAACGUUUUGGUAACCCUCAUUUCAAAUUCAAGGCUGUUCAUAUUGCUGGGACAAAGGGAAAGGGGUCAACUGCCGCAUUCAUAUCUAAUAUUCUGAGGGCAGAAGGUUAUUCUGUUGGUUGUUAUACUAGUCCACAUAUCAAGACAAUCAGAGAGAGGAUUUUACUAGGAAGAUUUGGCGAUCCUGUCUCACCAAAAUUGUUGAGUAAUCUUUUUGAUAGGAUCAAGCAGGAUCUUGACCAAGCAAUUAUAGAGGAAAAUGGUUGCAUAAGCCAUUUUGAGGUGUUCACUACUAUGGCAUUCAUCCUGUUCGCUGAAGAAAAUGUUGACAUUGCUGUUGUUGAGGCUGGUUUAGGGGGUGCUCGGGAUGCAACGAAUGUUAUAUCCAGCUCUGGACUUGCUACCUCAGUUAUAACCACCGUCGGGGAGGAGCAUUUAGCAGCUCUUGGUGGUUCAUUGGAAACUAUUGCAGUGGCAAAGGCAGGAAUCAUAAAACAAAACCGCCCAUUGGUGCUUGGUGGACCAUUUCUUCCUCAUAUUGAGAGUAUUAUUCGAGAUAAAGCAGUGUCCAUGGGUUCACCUGUAGUGUCAGCAUCUGACAGUGGGAAUCGCGGUACUAUAAAAAAAUUCAGUGUGCUCAAUGGCAAGCCUUGCCAAAUUUGUGAUAUAGUGAUAGAAGUUGCAAAAGACUUGAAUCUGUCCUGUAAGUUGCAUGAUGUAAAGCUGCAAAUGCUAGGAAGCCACCAACUUCAAAAUGCAGCUACUGCCACUUGUGUGGUAUUGUGUCUUCGUAAUUUAGGGUGGCGAAUUGCAGAUGAAUCUAUUAGGUUGGGGUUGGAAAGUACAUACCUCCUUGGAAGGAGUCAAUUCCUAACAUCUCAAGAAGCUGAGGCAUUAGGACUUACUGGAGCAACAAUACUGCUUGAUGGAGCCCACACAAAGGAAUCUGCUGAAGCCCUGAUGAGCACAUUACAGAUGGCAUUUCCAGAGGCUCCAUUGACAUUUAUUGUUGCAAUGGCAAGCGACAAAGAUCAUAUUGGUUUCGCUAAAUAUAUUCUCUCUGGGGUACAGGUGGAAGCAGUUAUUUUGACCGAAGCUGCUAUUGCUGGAGGUGCGACUCGAAUUACUCCGGCUUCGUCAUUGAGGCAGUCUUGGAUUCAAGCUUCUGAAGAGCUUGGCAUUGGGGUAGUUCAUGAUGGAAUGGCAGAAUACAACGAAAUAUUAAAGGAUCAUCAUCGUCUUCCAGUAAGAUCUGAAAGAAAUUUGGUAUAUGGCAGGAAGAUCAUAUUGGCUACAGAGUCCUCUUUAAAGGGUAGUCUCAGAACUGCAAAUAAGAUUCUCACCAAUAAAGGGGAUCAAAAGGGCAUUAUUGUCAUUACUGGAUCUCUGCAUAUUGUAUCUUCUGUCUUAACUUCUCUUGCUGGUUAAAAGUCUUUCUAAAACUGCUGUUACAAUCAAUUUCGGUAACUAAUUAGUUACUUAUACUGUACUCCCAUUUUUUCUUCUCUUUUUGUUCUACAUUACUGGUUAAUGAUUGCUGAUAUUUAGUGCACAAA